AUGAAAAUAUCAGUCUUUGGCGCUGGCCCAUGCGGCAUCUCUCUCGCAAUACACCUUAUACAAUGCGACAACGAAGUGCUUCUUCACACCAAUGAAGGCCAUCAGCGUACACUCAACAAGCUUGGCCGCGACGGCAGGAUUUCGUCGGCAGGGGAUAUCGACGGCAAUUUCCUCCUGAAAAUCACUCAAAGCUUAAUGGACGCUGUCCUGUUUGCAAAGAUUCUUAUUGUUGCUGUGCCGGCAGACGCUCACGAGGCUAUACUCGCCGACAUAGGGGGUACGAAUCAAGACCUCACUCGCCACACGAUUAUUGCUCUCCCGAGCAAUUUCUUUCCUCUACUUGCCCACCGACGGAUCAAGGCGCGAGGAAUUCUCGGGGUUGCCACUUCUCCGUUUACUUCCAAGAUCCAGAAUGGGAAGUUAAUGGUGAAGAGCAUAAAAAAGGUGCUGCCGAUAUCAGGACUUCCCGCGAACCUCAGCCAGUCGUUUUGCGAUGAAAUUGCAGAAAUCUUUCCGCAACCCCUGGAGUGGUACCCCAAUUGUUUGGCACUCGACAUGGCAUGCAUCGGAGCGAUUAUGCACGUCGUGCCUACCCUCCUCAACGUGGGUUGGAUUGAAAGUGCAAAGGGUGAUUUGGGCCUUUAUCCGGAUUGUAUGACUGAGAGCGUUGUCGAUGUCAUGACUGCACUCGAUCAAGAUCGAUUGGAAAUCGGAAGACGUCUCGAUUUCCAACUCGAAUCGGUCUUGGAGAUGAUGAACAAAUAUUACGGAACAUCAUACCGGACGUUGCGGGAAUUCGCACUGAAUUCCAAACCUCAUAACAUGACGAGAUGGGCGCCCGACAACCGUCUGACAGACCACCUUCAGACCGCAGACCGACCGACCGGCAAUUCUCGUCAGACCGACCGACCAGAGCUGCCGGUCGGAUUGGGUGGUCUGAGUCGGUCUGGGUUGGGGGUUUCCAAGGCCGCCAUUGGUCGGCUCCUCCUCAAGGUACCCGUGCCGCGCCCCACCUAUUUUAGCACUCCCGAACUCGUUCCACAGAAUAAGUGA